CACAGGUAGAGUGCGCUAAGAAGUGUAUAGAUAGUUGACACAGUCUCAUUUCAUGCAACUCUACUUAUCUAAAUCUCCAUGGCAUUCGAUGACGAGGGCUACUCAGCAUUAUUUUCUGUCUUGUUGCCGUCUGAUUUGUGAGGUUAUUAGAAAUAAAAUAGUUUUCAUUUAAAAUUGAAAUUAAUAUUUAUUCAACUUGGUGUUUUAUCAAAUUUUAUUUAUUUUCUCAAAUUCAAAUCGUUGGUUGAACGAUGCCAGGUGUGGAGCAAGUAGCAGAUGUGGAGAUGAAGAGUGUGGACAGUCCAACCGAGGACGUGGAGGCACCGGCUGAUAAGAAGGAUGUCGACCUCCUCACUGUUCAAGAAAUCCGUGAACAAAUCAGACAGAUCGAGAAGGCUGUUCAAACAAAGGAGCCAAGGUUUGUUUUGAGAGUUUUAAGAUGUCUCCCAAAUACACGUAGGAAGCUAAAUCCAGUAGUUCUUCGGGGUUUGAUAUCAGGUUUCUUCACUCACUCUUCUACUGAGAAGGAAGCCCUGCUUGCCUACGUUGAUGAGCCCAUGGAAACAGAGAACACCACCAAUCAGAGGAUGCGCAGUGGCAAAAGCUCUAACACACCAUUAAUCCCAGAAAUCGAUACAUAUCUUCACCUUCUUGUACUUGUGAAAUUAAUUGAUACUGAGAAAUACGCUGAAGCCGUUCAGUGCUCCGACCAACUUAUGGCUAAGAUUACCACUCAAAACAGGAGAACCUUGGAUCUGGUUGCUGCCAAGUGCUACUUCUAUCAUUCUCGCAGCUAUGAGCUUACUAAUCAGCUGGACAAAACCAGAGGUUUCUUGCAUUCAAGACUCAGAACAGCAACUCUGAGGAACGACUUCGAAGGUCAAGCAGUACUCAUCAACUGUCUCCUAAGGAACUACCUGCAUUACAACCUGUAUGAUCAGGCAGACAAACUGGUUUCAAAGUCUGUGUUUCCAGAAACUGCCAGUAACAAUGAGUGGGCACGAUUCCUCUACUACCUUGGUCGGAUAAAAGCUGCUCGUUUGGAGUACUCAGCAGCUCACAAGCAUCUCGUGCAAGCAAUGAGAAAGGCGCCGCAGACGGCUGCUGUUGGAUUCCGGCAAACCGCCCAAAAGCUGGCCGUCACUGUAGAGCUGCUGUUGGGAGACAUCCCCGACCGCCAGACGUUCCGGCAAGCGGCUCUGCGACGUGCGCUUGCGCCCUACUUCCAACUCACUCACGCUGUCAGGCUAGGUGAUCUGCAGCGAUUUGGCGAAGUGCUAGAGAACUUCGGCCCCCAGUUCCGAUCAGACCACACAUUCACUCUCAUCCUUCGUCUCAGACACAAUGUCAUCAAAACCGCUAUCAGAAGUAUUGGACUGUCUUACUCGAAAAUAACACCCGCCAGUAUCGCCAAGAAGCUAGGCCUCGACUCUCCCGAGGACGCUGAGUUUAUAGUCGCUAAAGCUAUCAGAGACGGAGUGAUUGAGGCCACCCUGGACCCAGAGAAGGGGUAUGUUCAGAGUAAGGAAUCAACCGACAUCUACUGCACCCGUGAGCCUCAGCUGGCUUUCCAUCAGAGAAUUUCGUUCUGUUUGGAUCUCCACAAUCAGAGCGUGAAGGCAAUGCGGUAUCCUCCCAAGUCCUAUGGCAAGGACCUUGAAUCGGCUGAAGAGCGUCGUGAACGGGAACAGCAGGACUUGGAACUAGCCAAGGAAAUGGCCGAAGAAGAUGAUGACGGAUUUCCUUGAAUAAACAUUUUUCUAAUUAACUAUUUUUGGUUGCUUUAGGUUAAUAUUCGAUGAUAUUCUACAUCAAUAAUAAUAUUAUUUGUAUUAUAAAUAUUUUGUGUUUUCUCAAUGCGCUAGAUUCCUUAAAAUCCAUAACAUUCAUUUCCACGCUACUUCUUGUCAAAUUUGAUUUGUUAUUAAAUAUUUUCAAAUCAA